CAGAGAUGCUAAGAUGUCCCCCAAACCAGUGGCCCCCGUGUCUGAACCUGAACAGCAGGAGGACGCCAGAAAACUCCCCGGGUCUGGAGCACGGCGGCUCCGGCUCCUUUCUCCCGUGCGAUGAGCUGCAGAAACCCUCGCACCUUCCUCCUCCACCACCUCCUCCUCUCCCUCACCGCCUCAGCCUGCGCGGGGAUCUGUACGGCGCCGGCAUGGGGAGGUUUGGCGAUGGCGCGGCGGACUUUACGCACGGCGCCGCCGCGGGGAACGCGCCCGCCUCACCGUCUAAACACAGCAAGUUCUUGGACAGUUUAAACCACGAUCAGAAGGGCAAGUCCACGUUUUAUGAAAACAACUCAGAAGUCAGAGAGAAAGGAGGUCCAAAAUCCAUAGGCUAUCCCGGGAUCAGCACAGACUGCUGUGGCAAACUGAAAGAGCCAGUCGUUGGUUUACAGGGCGACUCCAUCGCUGACUCCAUCGACCUAUCGGGCAAGAACAAGAAGCGACGCAAUCGCACCACUUUCAGCACGUUUCAGCUGGAGGAGCUGGAGAAAGUUUUCCAGAAGACUCACUACCCCGAUGUGUAUGCCCGAGAACAGCUGGCCCUGAGGACCGAGCUCACUGAGGCUCGGGUUCAGGUUUGGUUCCAGAAUCGUCGGGCCAAGUGGAGGAAACGGGAGCGUUAUGGGAAAAUUCAGGAGGUCCGCAACCAUUUUGCUGCAACGUAUGAUAUCUCUCUUCUGCCUCGCCAUGAUACAUACCAGAUGCAGGGAAAUCUGUGGCCAGGACCGACCUCAGGAGGAGGUGGUGGUUCAGGUGCUGGUUGUGUCCUUGGAGCCGAUUCCAUCCCCUCGUCCUGCAUGAGUCCAUAUUCUCAUCCCCACAGCAACCUGCAGGGCUUCAUGGGUAUGCCUGCAUCACCGAGCCACCCACACCACCACCACCACCACCAUCACCCAUCUCACCAUCCUGGCAUCAAUGGCCUCUACUCACUCCACAGCUUCCCUGGAGGCCUGGGGUCUCCUUCCAUCGAGGGGCCUGAGGCCGACUACAAACCAACGGGCUUGGUGGCAUUGCGGAUGAAAGCCAAAGAGCCAGGCAGCAUCCUCUCCUGGCCUACAUGACCACAACAGUGCCAGCCCCCCGAUUAUGCACUGACUGAGCCAAAGCAUAUUACAUUUCUGACCCAUGAGCACUCCCAGAUGUACACACUCUCUUCAGCAUAUGACUAAAAUAUUUGGAGACAAUUCUCGAUUCAGAGGUUCCUGAAAGAGGAAUUUCAUUAAGGCAUCUUGAACUUUAUGCAUGAAACCCAACAUAUUAAAGGGAACUUUCUUGUUUCCAGUGUUAGUUAGAUAUCACAAUGCAGAGACCAAAGAUGAAAAGUUAUUUAAGCAUAUAAAAAAAUGUAAUUAUCAUAUUAAUCUUUGUUAUGUGUCUGUUAUGUGCUUUAUAGUGUGACCUGCAAUAAAGUCAUCCAUCAAAAUCA